AAUCAUUUCACCGCAGUGCGCCACCAAAUUACACUAUGGAGAAGGCUGUGGCUCUUUUCUUCGUUCUCUCAGUCCUUCUCUCCUCCGGCGAACUCGCGGCGGCAGAGAGCAGCUGCAAGAUGACCGAGCAAGGCAUGAUAGCGUGUCUGCCGUCGAUGGCCGACGGAAAAUCGCCGGCGGCGCCGUCGCCCAAGUGCUGCGCCGCCCUGGCCAAGGCGGACCUGCCGUGUCUGUGCAAGUACAAGGACAGCCCGGCGCUGAGGCAACUGGGGAUCAACCCUAAGCUCGCCGUGCAGCUCCCGGUCAAGUGCAAGCUUAGCUCGCACCCCGCGUGUUAAUUAAGUUCCAUCACCGCUGCUGCUUUCUGUUGAGAACUUGGGAUGGACACUUGAUGGACCUCUGUUCAGCACUGUCCUUGCUGUAGUUGUCUUCCAGUUUUAGUAACUUAUUUUUCUCGUGCGCUGGCGUGCUUUCCGAAUAUCGCCUCUAUUGUAGUUCUAUUUUGUUUUCAAUUCCUUGCAGUAAUUUGCUUAUAAAGAUCGAAUACGUUCGUUCCUA